AUGUUGGCUUUUUGUAUGGGUUUCACUAUGCUAUUACACAAAGUAAUUAAGAAGCAGAAUGAGAGCGCAAGCUCAUCGCGCUCAUUAAAGACAGCAAUUGUGGUUGGUGGCGGCAGUAGACCAGACGAUCAAAGGAAAGAAGGUCACACUGUUAGUGACAACGGCAACGACAACUACCAAACAUUCAGGGACCGUCAUUUUUUAUACUGGGUAUAUAGAGAAUUCUCACGCGGAUUGUAA